AGAAGUGUUCAGCUAAAUCUCUCUCAAUCUCAUCAGUGUGUGAAGGAGACUAACUCACUUCAAGUUCAGAGUGGACGCAGGCUGCACUCACAAGGACAGCAAGACCUCAGUGCAGGAAGAGACAAAGAGAGAGAGACAUCCUACAAAGAGGACACAAAUUCAUCUAACUGCUUGGCGGAAAAUAUUUUUGUUCACGUGCUCCCUGAUGUCUCUUGUACAACAACACAGAAGUCAACACAGCCUCUGCAUCAGUUGGCCUCUCACAGUUUGAAGUAAAGCCAAGCUCCUUAGUCUAACUGGCUGAACUUGGGAUGAAGAUCAUGAGGAACUAUUGGUCUCUACACCUGCUCCUUGUUCCUGUCUGUAUUUCUUUGCUCCCCAUCCUCCUCUGCCCUGCGUCUGCCACUUCAGGGCCUGACUAUGACUUUGGAGCCCACCCACGCUUUAUUUGCACUCCUGUCCCUGUGGACGCAGACCCUGCCUGUUCCCCAGCGGCGGGUCCAAGCGUGGGGGCUGCAGGGUCCAGCGGACCAGGCCAUCAAAGUGCACCUCCCGCUGGCUGGUGGGGGGCGAGCGAGGAAGCCAAAGCCACCAUCCUCCACCUCAGGGAGAGCCUGGUCCAGCAGAAAGAGACCAUCCUGGACCAGAGGGAGACCAUCAGGGAGCUGACGGCCAAGCUUGCCCUGUGUGAGGGCCUCACACGGGGCCCAACGCAUCAUGACGAGCAUCAUGGAACAGCCUCGCACUCCCAGCAUGUAGGGCUGACUGGCCACCACACGUAUGCAGACAACGGGCACUAUAGCAACCACCAGACUCACCAUGGAAACAGUAACCUCAUUCCGGACUCACCACUGCACCCCUCUGCUGUGGGGCACCAAUUUGAUGGAGGGCACAGCAGUGGCAACCAGGGGAAGGAUAAACAUCCAGCAACAGGGGACAUCACAUCUUCACCUGAGCACAUGGAGAGGAUGCUGCAGGCGCUGAAAGAGAGGCUGGAAAACCUGCAGAAGAGGAACACAUCCAUCACGUACUCCAGCUCUCUCAAGGAGCUGCUCCAGAGGAAGAUCAACGCUCUGGAGCAGCAGCUGCAUCACGGCACUGCUUCCCUCAGCAGCUCAAACUCCCACCACAACUACGAUGACAGCACCCACAAAGGUGACGGAGACCACCAUGAUGAUGACGAUGAUCACCAUGAUAACAAUGGACACCCUAAUGACCACAAGAACGACCAUAACGACAGCGGUCACAGUGACAGUGGGGACGACAUUGAUCAUCACGAUGACAGCCACAGCCAUGACCAUCACGAUGACAGCCACAGCCAUGACCAUCACGACACAGAUGGUGACCAUUACGGCCAUGAGGACCAUGAGCACCAUGAGGACCAUGAUGACCAUGAUGGCUCUGAUGAUGGCCACCACGAAGAUGAUGAUGAUGUUGAGCACCACAAUAAUGAAGCAAGCAGUCACAGUUACCUUUCACACACGGCAUACAGAGUACCAGGCUCACGUAAUGGCUUCCAAGCAAACAAACUGGAAACGAUGCUCAACCAGCUUCACCUCGCAGGUUCCAGCAGGAAGCAAAUCAAGAGUCCUGAUGCCUUCCAGAUCAGCUUCCCCAUGAGAACCAACUAUAUGUACGGGCGGAUGAAGAAGACUCUACUGCAGGAAAUCUUUGCUUUGACUUUGUGUCUUUGGAUCAAGGCCGGUGUUGGGCCCAGCCUGGGGACGCCCUUUUCUUACUCUGCACCUGGACAGGCCAAUGAACUGGUGCUGAUCGAGUGGGGGAACAACCCCAUGGAGCUGCUUAUCAAUGACAAGGCUGUGACGCUCCCUCUGACCCUGGGUGAUGGGAAGUGGCACAGUGUUUGUGUAACCUGGACAACAAGGGAUGGACAGUGGGAGGUGUAUCAGGAUGGAGUGCAAAGGGGGUCUGGGAUGAAUCUUUCCCCCUGGCAUCCCAUUAAACCUGGAGGUGUCUUCAUCCUGGGACAGGAACAGGACACUCUGGGAGGCCGUUUUGAUGCCACUCAGUCAUUUGUUGGGGAGAUGUCAGAACUGCACAUGUGGUCACAUGUCCUCAGUGCCAGUGACAUCUACAGCCUGGCCUCCUGCGGCAGCCACCUAAGAGGAGAUAUCCUCGCUUGGUCUGAAUCAGAGGUGGAGCUUCAUGGAGGUGUCUCCAAAUACCCCUUUGAUCCCUGUCAUUGAACCGCUGUGAAAUCAUUCAAGAACAUGAAGAUAUCCUGAAACUUACUGAGAGUAUGUGAUACGUCAAGGUUUCAGGAAAUCGAACUCCUUUUGACUUCCAAUUAUUUUUGGGAUGAUCAUCACUUGGAAUCACUGCCUUCCUUUUAACUUCUUCAGUGACUUCUUAAAAAAGAAAAACACCAAUAAAGUUAAUUUGUGUUUACAA